GUGGCGUGGCAGGCGCUCAGCUGGGCUGUGUUUAUCGCUCCGGAGCGCGGCGGGACGGUGGCGCCGCCGGGCCCGGGAGGGGAGCGGGCCGGGCCGAGCCGAGCGCCGCUCAGUUUUAGUGCUUACAGAAAACUGUUGAAGAUGGGAGGUGCAGUGAGUGCAGGAGAAGAUAAUGAUGAAUUAAUUGAUAACCUGAAGGAGGCACAAUAUAUCCGGACAGAACUGGUAGAACAGGCGUUCCGAGCCAUUGAUCGAGCAGAUUACUACCUGGAAGAGUUCAAAGACAAUGCCUACAAGGACUUGGCAUGGAAGCAUGGAAAUAUUCAUCUCUCAGCACCGUGCAUUUACUCUGAGGUGAUGGAAGCUUUGGAUCUGCAACCAGGGCUGUCAUUUUUGAAUCUUGGCAGUGGCACUGGUUAUCUGAGUUCUAUGGUUGGACUCAUCUUGGGUCCUUUUGGUGUUAACCAUGGUGUGGAGCUUCAUUCCGAUGUGAUCGAAUAUGCGAAGCAGAAAUUGGACUUCUUCAUUAAAACAAGUGACAGCUUUGACAAAUUUGAAUUUUGUGAGCCAUCUUUUGUUACUGGCAAUUGUUUAGAGAUUUCUCCGGACUGUACUCAGUAUGACCGUGUUUACUGUGGUGCCGGAGUACAGAAGGAACAUGAAGACUACAUGAAGAACCUGUUGAAAGUUGGGGGAAUUCUCGUCAUGCCUCUAGAAGAGAAGUUGACAAAGAUAACUCGUACCGGUCCUUCUGCCUGGGAGACCAAGAAGAUCCUUGCUGUUUCUUUUGCUCCUUUGGUUCAGCCUAACCAUGCAGAUUCAGGAAAAUCAAGGCUUGUUCACUUGCCCCCAGUGGCUGUUCGCAGCCUCCAGGAUCUGGCUCGCAUAGCCAUCCGAGGAACCAUUAAAAAAAUUAUACAUCAAGAAACAAUGAGCAAAAAUGGAAAUGGGCUGAAGAACCCCCCAAAAUUUAAACGAAGACGUGUGCGUCACCGUCGCAUGGAAACUAUUGUUUUCUUGGACAAAGAGGUCUUCGCUAGUCGUAUCUCCAACCCUUCAGAUGAUAACAACAACAGCGAGGAUAUCGACGAUGAAAGACGAGAAGAGGAAGAAACUAAACCCUGUGAACUAAAGCCAGAUCCCCCUGUAAACUUUUUGAGAGAAAAGGUCUUGAGUCUGCCUUUGCCUGAUCCCUUGAAAUAUUACCUGCUUUAUUACAGGGAAAAGUAAUUUCCUUCUUCGAGAAAGUGGGAAGUAGAAAAUAAAGUACUACUUAGGGCUUGACAAAUGUAUACCACUUGCUUGCCUGCUAAUAUGACCACCCGAGGCAGUAGGCUAGCUGGGGAAUGUGGCUGCUGUAUACUUAAACAUUAUAGCUUUUUUAAGUUUUUUCUUCUCAGUUGUGUGCUAUAGUUUUAUCCUACAGCAGGGAUUCCUUAGGAAGCAAGUUGGUGAAAUGCUCAGCUGCUUACAGAAAGGAGGAUUUAAUUCCCUAAAACUAACUGCACAGAGAUGUUCUAAAAAUCUCAUGGCUGCUCUACUGAAUUGCAGUUUUUAAAUAUUCUUAAGCAGCUCCCCAAAGACCUUUGCUGUCUGCUCUCUCCCACCAAACCUGCCAUGUGUUUACCAUGGUGUGUGUUUAAUGGAGGAUGAAGAUUAUCAGUAAAAACUGACCUGGCAAAUCUUGUUUCUUCCAGUAAUCUGAAAAAGCACAACUUUUACAGACAGGAAAGAAAAGAAUUUUUGGCAUCUGGUCUUGUGGUAUCCAGGUUCUGCAUGAGAAGGAAAGCAUCAGCUCACCUUUGGUUGGUCUCAGUUUUGCUUAUAAACUACAUAUAAACUUUUCAGUAAAAGGUAAAAAUAUUUUACAGAAUAUUGGUUUCCUUAAUGGGAAACACCUGUUCUAGUGCGUUAGUCUAAUAGGGAUGCACAGUUGGUUUGGGGUUUUUUUGUUUUGUUUUGUGGGGUUUUUUUUUGGUUUUUGUUUUUUUUUUUGUUUUUUGUUUUGUUUUGGGUUUUUUUGUUUUUUUUUGGUUUUUUUAUUUUUUUUUUUUAAAGUGAUGGAGGCAAGUGAAGAGUUGCAAAGCUGAUUAGCUUUGACAGGAUGCUAGGGUAGUCAGGGUUGCAACGGUUGUCUCUGGAAAUGUUUACAGAGUAAUUCUGAAUGGGGAAGAGGGUAGAGAGUUGGGUGCAUAGCAGUGAGUUUGUGAAAACUGACUGUGAGAGCAGAAUCUGUGGAUUUUGCUGUUGUGUGAGGUAACUUAUGUCUGCUGGGCUGAACAGAGUGAAGUGCAGAGUGCGAGCCUGAGUGGAGUGGCUUGUGUCCCGGUAAUUCAGCCAAAUGUAGUGUUGUGGAGGAUAUGUAGAAUCUGAAAACAGUCUAGAAAGCCAAAUUGAUGCAGUUCUUAAGUGUUCUUCUGUGUGUGCCCCUGCUGUAGUGAGGUGGCUACGAUACAACUUGUGUACAUGCAGUCCACAUAUAAUAGGUGGAACAAAGUUGAUCGACUUGGUAGGUUAUUUUAUUCCUGCAACAAAUAAGUAGAUGUUUUAACGGGCUUGUAUAGAAGGACUUUAUGCUCUGCAGUUCCAUGGAUGUGAACUCUUUUAAUUUUUAUUCCCAAGUCUUCCUGUAAUGGUGAUGGGAGGAGAUAAUCCCGUUUAGAAGGGGAGGUUUACUUAGUUCAGCCUGUUUGAAAAAUCUGCCUAAACUGGUAAAGGCUGGAAAGAAACCCUUGAGCUUGUAUCAAUAUGAAAUAUUUCUAAAGCUGGGAAGGUCAUGAAAAACCCCCUCUCAGUAAGUAAUAAAGCUAUGUCAAGGUAUUGUCCCAUCAGAAGCACUUAAGCUGGUGUCACUCACUUUGAUACUUUGAUAUCUUUUUUUUUUUUAUGCAGUCUCCUCAUUUUCUGAGGAGGAAUGAAUGAAGACUGUCUUGCCAAAAAUAUGCUGGGUUUUCUGAGACAAGGAGGCUCCAGGGAGACCUUACAGCAGCCUUCCAGUACCUGAAGGGGGCCUAUAAGAAAGCUGGAGAGGAACUUUUAUAAGGGCCUGUAGUGAUAGGGCAAGGGGUAAUGGCUUUAAACUGAAAGAAGAUAGAUAUAGAUUAGAUAUAAGGAAGAAAUUCUUCACUCUGAGAGUGGUGAGGCACUGGAACAGGUUGCCUAGAGAAGUUGUGGAUGCCCCAUCCCUGACAGUGUUCAAGGCCAGGCUGGAUAGGAUUUGAGCAGCUGGCUGUAGUGAAAGGUGUCGCUGCCCAUGGCAACGAGGUUGAAAUUAGAUAAUAUUUUAGGUCCCUUCCAACCUAAACCAUGCUAUGAUUUUGUGAUUAAUGGUACUGAGUUGCACAACUUGCUUAGUGAUAAAUACUGUUUCGAAGUUCUGCGUGGCUUUGAAAAAUAAACGGACAACUCCUGUAUGUCUAAGCCCGCAAUGGAGAAUUCUUCCUUGCUUAAUAGGCUUUUUGUAUGUCCUUGAGAAUAUUAUCUCAUAAUACGGUGUCAUGUAGCUGCUGGCACAUAAUACAGUCAUAGGCUGUGUUUUGCCUCCGGUUUCCUAAGUCUCCAUGUCCAGUCUAAACAGUACCCCAAGCUAUCUUGCUCCCUCAGAUUUUUAUUUCUUUUUUUUUUUUUUUAAAUGGGGCAGUUCUGUGGCCACUGAGCUGAUGGUUUCCUGUAAACAUACAAGUACCCAUCUGGCAACUAUAAUGAAUUUCUUUCUACAACUGAAAAUCCUGAAUAUGGUGGUAAACAGAGGCUUAAUAGAAUCUACGUGUAAUAUUUCUCUGUGUUUCCCCAAAGGCUGUCACCUUCGUUAGGCGUUUCUCCUUAAGAGCUGUCAUACCAGGUGUGUGCCUUUCUGUAUUGUGGCACAAUUUCCACACCCCUACAUAGUACAGGGUGCCUCUUACUUUGGCUACCAGGUCAUCCUUUGGUUAAUUACAAAACUUCUUUUAAAGAAGUUGCUUUAAAAGUGACAUUAAACUUUUGUUUUGUAUUAGUUUGUAUGGGUUUGUAUUAGUAAACCUUGCUGAGAUUCUGUUAAAGCUGACCGGUUGAGGGAGAAUUAUCAUUCAGUUAUUCCUGUUUGAUUUUUUUUUUAAACCCUCAUCCCACCCCCAGUUGUAAAAGAUAUUUUGUCAGAUUUUUCACCAGAUUUGCCUUUUUUAUUACAUUUGCUAGAUUUUUGUAGCUUUCUAUAAGAUGCAUAAAAUACUGCUAUUUUUCCUGGAUAAGGUUGAAUAAAUAAAUAUAUAUACACAGGAAAUUUAUGUUCUGGGUUGUAAAAUUGUCCUCUUGUCCAAAAAAAACCACAGAUCCAAACAAACCCAUAGUAGAAAUUUUAUGUGUAAUAUAAUUGCAAAAUAGUAUUGCUUAUAGCCUGUAAAUGAAGGGGAACUGUAAAUACGUUUUCCCUGUGCACCAGCACUUGCACUGUAGUUUUGUAUGCAUUUCUAAUAGAGUAAUUGUAGCAUAACUGUUUUUGUAUAGUCUGCAAGCUGUCUAGGUAUUUUACCUGCUUUGACUGUUUCCUUUUGUGUUCUAAGUAGUCUUCACUUUAAUUGUAUGUGAAUCCUUUUAGGUUUCGAUACUGCAGUAAAUUUGCAACAAGAAAUGAACUUCAAGCUGCUUUUAAUCAUUGGUGUGUAAGUUGAAAAAUCUAUGUAUAGAAACUAGAAUUAAAUUGGCCUGAGGCAUGCAGAAGUGUUAUGCAGUUUAAACUUUAUCAGUAAGUGUUUCUGUAUCAAUAAAUUCAGUAAAGACUUUUUAGCCUUCUUAA